AUGGCAGACUACUCGAAAUACACCGGUCCCAGCGACGAAUGGAUUGCUUUGGAGAAGACAUUGCCGCCAGCCCCCAAUGACCUCGAUAUCCAUACUCUCAAGGAGCUGGUCAACCGAGGAAGAGAGGCGGCGGCCGCCAAAGACAUGAUUGACGAGGGGCUGCAAUCCCAGGUUGUUCGACAGGACUACACCAUCCCAACACGAGACGGAUCCCAGUUGGAAGCUCGCAGCUAUCGUCCGGCCAAUGUACCCGCUUCGCAGCCACUCCCCAUCUACCUGUAUUUUCACGGAGGGGGGUUUGUCUUUGGCACGGUGGCGUCGGAGGAUGCAAUCUGCUCCCGAAUUGUGCUUGCGCUGCGCCAGCAGGACACCCCGGUGAUGGUGGUCAAUGUCAACUACCGCCACACGCCCGAGCACAAGUACCCCGUCGCAUGGAAUGACAGUGAGGACGCCUUCCACUGGAUCCAUGAGCAUCAGGCUGAACUUGCCGGCGACGGCGCGAACGUGGUGGUCGGCGGGAUCUCGGCCGGUGCCUGGCUGACUGCAUCGCUGAGUCUCAAGCAGAACCUCGGCAAGGACCGCGGAUUGUCCCAGCGACCGAAGAUCAAAGGCCAAGUCCUGGGAAUCCCUCCUUUGGUUACAGAAGCCUGCUACGCCCCGCAGCUGAGCAGGCUCAAAGACCCUGAGCUGUCGAGCCGUGUGGACAAUGCAACCGCCCCCAUCCUCCCCGUCAGCCGCAUGAAACUGCUCAUAGAAAUGUUGGGGCCCCCGGAAGAUGAGACGGAUGUGCGAUUGAAUCCGGGGAAUGCCGUCGCUGCGCAGGUCAAGGGAUUGCCCCCGGCGACGUUUGCCAUCGCCGGACAUGAUCCGCUUCGGGAUGAGGGGUUGUUUUACGCAGAGCUGUUGGCCGAGAAUGGUGUUCCUACGAAUGUCCACGUCUUCCCUGGUCUCCCUCAUGACUUCCGGCGGUAUGAUGCGCUGUCCGAGUGCCAGAGAUGGGAUGCCGUCAUGGCGAAUGGAGUGAAGUGGGCAUUGAGCAAUCCGGCGCCUACAGUGUUUCAAAUCCAGAGUAGCUGA